AGUAGCAGCAUCAGCUGCUGCCAUGGAAGGAGAGAGAAAGAGAGAGAGAUCUUAGCUUGCUUGGCGCCAAUAAAUAGGAGCCCGGGUCAUCGGCGAAUCCAUUGCCAUUGCAGUUGUAUCCUUCUUCUUCUUCUUCUUUCUCUACUCACCUGCAUCUGUAGAGAGAGAGAGAGAGAGAGAGAGAGAGAGAGAGAGAUGGCAGGAGGUGACAACAACUCCCAGACCACCAAUGGCGGCUCAGGUCACGAGCAGAGAGCCAUGGAGGAAGGCAGGAAGCAGGAGGAGUUCGCCGCCGACGGCCAGGGCUGCGGCCUCGCCUUCUCCGUCCCUUUCAUCCAGAAGAUCAUCGCGGAGAUCUUUGGGACAUACUUCUUGAUCUUCGCGGGGUGCGGGGCGGUGACGAUCAACCAGAGCAAGAACGGGCAGAUCACGUUCCCGGGGGUGGCGAUCGUGUGGGGGCUGGCGGUGAUGGUGAUGGUGUACGCCGUGGGGCACAUCUCCGGCGCGCACUUCAACCCCGCGGUGACGCUGGCGUUCGCGACGUGCCGGAGGUUCCCUUGGCGGCAGGUGCCGGCGUACGCGGCGGCGCAGAUGCUGGGCGCCACCCUCGCCGCCGGCACGCUCCGGCUCAUGUUCGGCGGCCGCCACGAGCACUUCCCCGGCACGCUCCCCGCCGGCUCCGACGUGCAGUCGCUCGUCCUCGAGUUCAUCAUCACCUUCUACCUCAUGUUCGUCAUCUCCGGCGUCGCCACCGACAACCGAGCCAUCGGGGAGCUGGCAGGGCUGGCCGUUGGUGCAACCAUCCUGCUUAACGUGCUGAUUGCUGGGCCGAUCUCGGGAGCAUCGAUGAACCCGGCUCGGAGCCUGGGGCCGGCGAUGAUCGGCGGCGAGUACAGGUCGAUCUGGGUGUACAUCGUCGGGCCGGUCGCCGGCGCGGUGGCCGGAGCUUGGGCCUACAACAUCAUCCGCUUCACCAACAAGCCCCUCCGGGAGAUCACCAAGAGCGGCUCCUUCCUCAAGAGCAUGAACCGGAUGAACUCCUCCACCUAACCUCUAUCUAGCUAACCACCAAGAACCCUAAUUAAUUACUACUGCCAGUACUACUACUGCUACUUUCUGUUCGAGAUCGAUAUCGAGAUGCUUGAUCGAUGCACCGCAUCGCAUUUAAAAGGGAAGAGAUGGAUGAACUACUAUUUGUGACGUACACAUAUAUAGUAGUAAUUUAAUUAGCGUUAGUUCGUUGUCGUCUCGGCUACGUGCCACAAGGCCUCCUUUGUAACGCAGGAAUUUUAUAGGAAUUCUGUGAUGUGUGUUUUUAGAUGUGGGGAUUCCUAUAAAAUUCGUGUGGAACUUCUCUGCCUCCUAUAUAUGUAGAACUUAAAAAAUCUAUGUAUAUGUGUGUGUGGAAUAGUAUGUUUUGGACCACGUGAUAAAAUUGCAGAGUGUUUCCUUGCA